AUGCGAGGCAGGCGCUCAGCGCCAGCGGAACAACAUAUAUAUCGCCCUGAUAUUAACGGACCUGCUGUUGCGUAUAUAUGUAAACAAGUAUGCAAAGAUCUAUGGAGAGCAUGCUCACCGCGCUCAAGUUUCGUAUUUGCUGAUAUACUCGCGGAGGAAGAAUCAAAGUCAUUUUGCAAAAAUAUAGCACUCAAGCAAAGCGACGUACAAAUACGAGAAGCUACUGACCAAAGUUGUAUCAAAACAAUAAUAACACUCUCAAAAGCAGAUGUUGCAGAAAUCAAUUGGCUUCUAGGUGGUAAUGUGAAUUGGCAAUUUAUAAAACUGAAGGGAUAUGGUGGGUCAACAAGACCACUUUGUUACACAUUGACCAACGCAGGCAUCGCAAUCAUCGUAGUCAUAGCGUUACUAGCGGCUGGAACUGUGUUCACCAAAAUGGGGUACGCCGAACGUAGACGCAGAGAAAUUGAAAGCGCACUUGCGGAAAAAGAAUCUGAAUCAUUCCUAGAACUAAACAACCCAGGGGGUGUCUCCAAACAUAAUGUGUCAACAGGUGAUCUGAUGUCGGAGACCAAGUGGGCGGAUAUCGAGGCCGAUGAGGAUUAUGAUGUCGAUGGACUUGAAGGACAUCGUCUUACAGGAUUCGAAACAGCACCAGAUGCUCAAGGGAUCAAAAUUGUCACGUCAUAUACAAAAAAUAGAAAUGGUCAGACAGUUAAGAUCACGAAAAGGGUCAAGGAAAUGAGAGUACCAAGAAGGGUACAUAAAGCAGCAAAAAUGAGAGAUGAUAUGUCAUGUUUCAAGGUUGAUAAAAACACCGAAGCCGGUAUCACAAUGGCAUCACAGGAAGAAAUAUUAAUCGAACAACCAGUUAGCAGAAGAAACAGGGUUAACCAAGAUGAUAACCUAGACCUAGUAUAUGCGCCAACAGAUAUCAACUUAACACGCGCCACACGUGAACUCAAGAUGAAAUUCAAAAGUCUACGUGAUGAUAGCGAUGGUGGAGAUGUUGUGGACUAUCGCGAUAUGCCGGCAAAAUAUGUACCACCUAGCAGAAAAGAAGGUGGAGAUCGCAGAAGCUUUGAUGAAAAUACUGUACGCGUUACUAACCUAAGCGAAGAUGUAAGGGAAAAGGAUCUAGUGGAACUAUUCAGCCGGGUGGGAAGGAUACACAGGGCAUACUUGGCAAAACACAAAGAGACACAGUUCUCAAAAGGGUUCGCGUUUAUUACAUACGCUACAAGACAAGAUGCACUCAAUGCCAUUAAUAAACUUAACAGGCAAGGCUACGACAAUCUACUGCUAAAUGUGGAAUGGGCGAAACCACCAAACAAGGAGAGACAGGCGUAA